CCCGGAAGCAGGUUCUACCGUGGCCUUCCAGAUAGGAGAUGGAAAGUUUGGACCAAUUCGGCCUCCGUCCCCGGAAGUUGGGCUCUAGCCAAGCCUCUUCGAUGCGUGGGGGGGAGGGGCGGGAUUCCCUGGCACGUGGUAGGAGCUGAGGGCGGAGUCGGGGAGGUGGUGGGUGGAGCCUGGGCCGGGCCUGCCUCGCGGACAGCAGCUCCCCGGAGUGUCAGAGCCGGAGCUCCCGGGCCGGUGCCGCUGUCCGGCCAGGUGACAGCUCGCUCACCCCGUACUCCCGGGGAGCCCCGACGCGCCCGGCUCCUCCGGCCGAGACAGCAAAGGCCGGAAGGCGGCCGCGAGACGCGCGGUCCGGAGCCGCCUGCUCCUUCCGGGAUCGUUCCUCCGCUCGAACCGACCCCGGGAUGUGGGGCCCGUUGAGUCGCAGCCUCGGUCGGGGCCUCCUGGCGGCCGCGGGCCGGCGGCGUCGGGGCUACGCGCGGCUCCUGCUGGCGGGACCCCGCGGCGGCGGCGGCGGCGGCGGCCGCCGGGGCACGGAGGUGACCACCAAGCCGCCCCGCGUCGGGCAGGGCCGUUCGGGCCGCGGGCUGUGCGUGGUGGCGCUAGCGGCUUUGUCGUGGUUCUUCAAAAGCGCCCCCGCUGAGGAGGAGGAAGAGGAAGAGGAUGACGUGAAUGAGGUGGUGGAGAGUCCGCCCUCCGAGACAGAGCUCAAGAUCAUCCAAAUGCUAAAACGGGCCAAGUUGAGUAUUAUGAAAAAGGACCCGGAGGAAGCAGAGAGAAUUUUACACGAGGCCCUUCAUCUUGCUCAUAAGGCAAAUAUCAAGAAGGCCAUCAUCUACACCUACGAUAUGAUGGCUAACCUAGCAUUCAUGAGGAAUCAGCUUGAAAAAGCAGAAAAGCUUUUUAAAGCAACAAUGAGCUAUCUCCUGGCUGGGGGCAUGAAGCAGGAGGACAAUGCAAUUAUUGAAAUAUCCCUAAAGUUGGCCAGUAUCUAUGCUACUCUGAAAAAACAGGAAUUUGCUUUUGCUGGUUAUGAGUUCUGCAUUUCAACCCUGGAGAGAAAAAUCACCAAAGAGAAGGCGUUAUCAGAAGAAGCCAUGCCAGCGGAAGAGAAAGACAAUACCCGUCUCCUGCUUGGCAUGUGCUAUGACUCCUACGCUCGAUACCUCCUCGAUGUCAACCGACUGUCCGAUGCACAAAAAAUGUACGAAAAAGCAUUACAGAUUUCCAGAGAGAUCCGAGGAGAACGACAUCCACAGACUGUGGUGCUAAUGAACGACUUGGCCACUACUCUGGAUGCACAGGGUCACUUUGAUGAAGCCUACACGUAUGUGAAAAAGGCGUCGGAGCUGGCGAGGCAGAUUGAGCACCCCGAGCUGCACCGGGUGCUCAGCAACAUGGCAGGAAUAUUGAUGCAUAAAGCAAGCUAUGUUGAAGCUAAGUAUGUCUACGAAGAGGCCCUGAAAGAGGCCGAGCUAAAGGGAGAUGAGGCUUCCAUCGAGCACAUCAAGGAGGAGCUGACUGAACUGGCCAGCAGCAGAGGCCUUUGACUCAGUUUCACCCGGGCCUCUCUGCUCUUCUGUGUGAAAAGAGCUGCUGGAUACAACAAAUCUAAGGUCAAAGUCUCGAGUUGCUUCUUUGCAAAGGGAAAUUUUGUCUCGUCAGGAAAUCCACACUACGGCAACUUCUCCCGUGGAGUAGCCACAUUCAGUUUCUUGCUGAUGGGUACCAAAGAAAAAAAAUGGUGACUUUGGAAAAGGGCUUAUUCAGGGGCUGCUAGGAUUUCAUGAAAUUUUCACUUAAAAAUACAUUUCACUGGCACUUAUUUGCCGUGAUCAUAAUCAGUGAAUUAGUUCUACCCACUGUCCAGAAUUAGGUUUUCACAAAUGGGAUUGGUAACCAAGGCAGCUGGAAAUGAAAAAGCUGCCUGUUCUUUGAAGUGCUCCACAUUCAAAAUGAAUGGACGAAUAAGGCUUCAAAUGUUCUAACAAUCCUGGCCACUGAGUCCAAGAUGGAAGGAAUUAAUGAGCUGUAGUUAACUGGAGUGAGCUGUUCGUUUCUGCAGGAAUCUGUUUGUUGAUGUAAAAUUGUGUCUUUCAAACCUCAAGAGCUUUAAUUAUUUAUUCUUAAAUGAAUCUAUUAGAAUUUUCUGUCCUGGGAGAAGGAAAGAAACCUGUCACUUCAGUCUCACCUAAUAAAAGUGAGAUUUAAUCUCCUCCCAUGUACUAAUUUAAACCUGUUAAAGACUUGACAUUGAACACUUAAGUGAUCAAAAUUUGUGUGCACAUGUGCAUGCGCACACACACACACACAACACACACAUACACACACAUCUCAUGAAAUUUAGUCUUAACAAAUAACUAUUUGCCCAGGGAAAAGUUGACAGUUUAUCUAUGGAUCUAGUGACAAAUGUAAAUUUUAUUUAACUAUUUGUAUGUCAUCCAUGGAAUGGGUGUACUAGUAAUAUUUUUGGUACGUGUGUGGAUUGGAUGAUCCUAAAUAAAAACACCAAGAUCAUUUA